AUGUCCACCAACUUCCACGCCCUCGUUUUCGGAGCAUCUGGUAUAUCGGGAUGGGCGCUUGUGAAAGAGGCCCUGAGCUAUCCCACUCCCACCACUUUCAGUCAGGUCACCGCGCUGUCAAAUCGUCCCUUGUCGAUUUCGGAUGCCCAUUGGCCCAACGAUCCACGACUCCAAUUGGCCAGCGGCAUUGAUCUUACCGCCCCCGUCGACGUUGUUGCCGAGGCGUUGAAGGAAAAGGUCCCCAAGAUUGAGACCGUUACUCAUGUCUUCUUAUUUGUCUACAUUAACACAGGGAAAGACCAAAAGACGCUCAAAGAGGUCAACACUAACCUCAUCAAGACCGCUGUAGAGGCUAUCCAAACGGUCUCGCCCGACAUCAAAAGCUUCAUCCUACAAACUGGUGGAAAGGCGUAUGGACUGGAACGCCCUGAUGUCGUCAAAAUUGUGGCUCCGCUCAAGGAGUCAUACCCUCGAGUCCCGAAACCGAUCGCCGACGAUAUCUUCUACUACUCUCAAUACGACGUGCUCGAUUCUCUGUCGAAAGGAGCCUCGUGGACAUUCACCGAAAUCAGGCCAGACGCGAUGAUUGGAUUUGUCCCAGGGACAAACGUCAUGAAUCUUGCUCAAGGACUGGCAUUCUACCUAAGCCUGUACCGCGAAGUCCACGGAGCCGGGGCCAAGGUCCCAUAUCCGGGCGCUGAGCAUGGCUACCGUCACAAACAUACUGACACCUUCCAAGACAUUGCGGCGAAGAUGGAAAUAUAUGCCGCUUUGAACCCCGAGAAAUGUGGCUCUGGAAAGACCUUCAACGUGACAAACGGUGACGUGGUGACUUGGGCAGACAAGUGGCCCGGAAUCUGCGCUUAUUUUGGUCUUGAAGGGAUCGGUCCGCAGGGCACUUUUGAACCCCCAGCAGAGUUUGUCAAGAGACAUGCUGAUACCUGGAACAAAGUGGUGGCGAGAGAGGGCCUCAAAGCUAGCCAAUUGGACUCGUAUUACUGGCCUUUCUUGGACGUUAUGAUGGACAAGGCCUUCUUUGACCGCCAGUAUGACCUGAGCGCUGCUCGAGCAGUGGGUUUUGAGGAAACGAUCGACACUCUCAAGGCCUAUGCAAUCGCUUUUGACAGGAUGAGGGCGGCAAAGGUCAUCCCAUAG